GACGCUAACCAGGAGAUGAAAAGGCUGCAGGAAAUUGAGUUGCACUACCAUAAAAGAGCGAGGGGGCACCGAGCCGGGCAGCGCUGAGCUGUGCUGAGAGCUGUGUUUGCGAGCUGCAGAGUGCAUGUUGGCUCGGAUUGCCGUCACCCCCUUAUCGAAUCACGAAUCACGGUUGCGAUGGUGCUCAGUGGGUUGGUUUAGGAGCACACAGUGUAGCUUUAAGCUGCUGCUGUUUGUGUCCUGCAGCAAGUCGCGGCUCUGCAGCCUCGCUGGGUUCCCGGUACCCAGCCAGUGAGCGAGGAGGAUGAGACGAGAGGAGGAAUGGAAGUGUCCCAGCUCCUUACAGACAUCAGGACCCAUUACACCAGCCUCAUUCAAUGCACCCCCGCAGCACUGAGUGCCAGCAGCAAAGUCCAGCUUCCGGACCUGACCGGGGUCGAGAUGAGCAAUGGGGACGACUCACUGAGGGCGGCCAGGGCAGAGCUCAACGAUGCCAAGCGACAGUGGCACAGCCUUCAGGUGGAAAUGGACUCGCUCCAGGCUUUGGAGAAGGGUCUGGAGAGUUCUCUGCAUGCUACCCAGCAGCGUUACAAGCUACAACUCCAUGGCCUGGAGUCGGUGAUUACAGAACUAGAGACCGAGCUCCAGGAAGUGAGGAGAGACAUCGAGCACCAGGUGCAGGAGCACCAGAUACUGCUGAAUACCAAGAUGAAACUGGAGUGGGAAAUAGCAACAUAUCGCAGCCUGCUGGACAGAGAGGAGAGACGACUCUGUGGCAAUGGCCCUGAAUCAUCACUAACCGGUUUUGCUCAGAGAGAAAUCGCUGUGUCUUCAGCUGCCGUCCUCGAGAAUCACCUGGAGCAGAAGAUCGAGACGUUGACAACGAGGGAGAUUUUAGGUGGGAACGUGGUGAGGCAGAGUGCAGAGGCUCGUGGUAAAAUUCAGACGGAGAAAGUGGACGAGGUGAUAAAGGAAUGGGAAGGCUCGUUCUUCAAGGAUAACCCUCACCUCAGGAAGAAAUCUGUGUCCCUGCGAUUCGAUCUGCACCUAGCGGCAACAGACGAAGGGUGCUCCCAGACCAAACAGGACAGCCUCCCCAACAUCGAAGUCCGGCUGGUGAUGAGGAAAUCCAGCAGCAUUCCCUCCCUCAAAGCGUAAACUCACCAAAGCAGAAGA